CGAUUAGGUGCUACUGGACGGUCAACGUGGAACAGUUUGUUGGUCAUUUCCACGUAGUAAACGAAUAUAGUUUAUCACAAUGGCUGUAUCCAGCAGUGUUUCAUUCAUGCUAGCAUUCACCCUGUCGAUCGUGCUGUUUGCCGGAAUGCAGAUGUACAAAACUCAACUGUCUUCUUCCCAACCAAUGACAAUCUUGGGCGGCUGGCUGGGGUCGGAUUUAUUCAUUCUCCUGUUAACAGCUAUAAAUAGCUUUGAGAAUAUGUCAUUUGGCAAGGGAUUUCAAGCAAAGCUCAUUCCAGAGGUGGCCAUCGCCCUUGUGGUAGCUGUGUUCGCAUCCGGUUUGGUUCACAGGGUGUGUGCAACGACAUGCGUCAUAUUCUCGAUGGUGGGCCUGCACUACCUCAACAAGUUGUCCAUAUCAAAAUACCAAGCGCCCGUUGCCGUGCCAAUGACUAGUGGUAAGGUGAAGAAGAGGAACUGAACAAGAGUGACUGAGGCGGGUGGGAGGUGAGAGUGAGUGGCGCAUCCAUACACCAGUGGUCCAUACCGAUUUCGAUUCGUGCCUUCACGAAUCGAUGCACCCUAUAAUAUAUCAGUACGUUGAAUCUAUACUAAUCUAUAAGAAUUCUAAUUAAUGAGCGAAUUUUUUUCUCCGAAAAUGCACGCGGCAGGUUCUUUCAAUUGCAUGCAGUACGCGCGAUAUGCGGACGGGUUUCAGUUGGCGGAGGUUGAUUGUUGAGUCGGAGCAGCACUUGUGCGUUACGUGGGCCGUGGAUAAAUAUUCUGACAGCAGCACUCUCGGUGCAUUUAUGUUCAAAUUUCGAAUUCACGGAGAGCGAGAGUGAGCAGAAUGUAAUCACGCACGCACUCAACUGACGUGUGUGUGAUAAGCGGAGCUAGAACUUGAGAUAUGCGAAUAACUAGAUACGUAAUGAACGCACGCGAUCCGUGCAGCUAUGUAAUCAAACUAUCAAGGCAUCAUGGGUGUAUAUUCGUCGGCGUGUGGCGUCCGCGACAAGUGAUUGUGUGCCUGCAUUGUAGGCAUACCUUUUCUUGCCAGCAGUGCCACAGAGUGUGUACUGGUGUAGUGGAAAUGUGCGGUUUCUAGCUAUAUUGAUUAUGCAUAUUAUAUAGUUGAUGGUGGUUUUCGCCGUUUGUCUGUGUCCGUGUGUCGAUGGGUGGGGUUGAAUUUGUUGUUGCAGGCGUGGAUGUGGGUCUCAGUAGAUGUGUAGCAACUAAUAUAAAUUUUCGUUGAGAAGAUACGCGACGGUAGCUCGAUGACGUCAUAAAUCCACGCGUGGCAUUCCUGUAUUCACGACCGUUUAGAUCUAUAGAGAUUUUUAAUAAAAUAUGCCUUGCUACCUAACCACGUG